CAUUGAGUGCUGUACAAUCUAUCUAUAAAUCUCCAGCCACCAGCCGUGGUUUUAUGAAACAACACAAGCGCUCAACUGCAAAUAGAGAAAGGGACGAUCAAAGGCGUAGAUCUUUCAGCGCAUCCUAGGAUUCUGAGUGCAACACCAUGAGGCGCCCAUCCUUUCUGCUGCUAUUCUCCAUGUCAAUCUUGCUGCUGCUGCAGGACCAUUCAGCCAGAGGCAGAGGAUCCAGAGGCUCCAAAGGCUCUUCCAGCAAGUCAUCAUCAUCAUCAUCAUCCUCGUCCUCAUCAUCGUCUUCAUCGCGCCACAAGAAUGCCGGCAGCUACCCGAAGCAAGCACAGAACCCAAGUGGAGGAGGUCACUCUAAUCAGCGCCCCAAACAGAACUAUCACCAACACCCGGUGGGCCGAGGACGGACCCCCAACAGGAACCCCCAAAAUCCGAUCCUGAGCCCCCGAUAUGGUGGAGGCUACGCCUACGGCGGAGGGGCCAAAGGAGGUGUCUCCCCAUUCGCCCAAUCGGUCUAUGAAAAGGGAUACAAGCCCAAUGCCAAUUCCAAGGGCUUCGUAAAGAAGGCAGCGGUGGCAGCAGGUAUCGGGGUUGGGGUGGGGGUGGCGGCGGGCGUGGCAGUCGGCUAUGGUGUCGGCCGCUACCCCAGUCCACACUUCUCCUUCCACAACGACCGGGAGGAGCGCUACUACAACCGCUACAUGUACCGGCGCUACGGCUCCCGCUCCGACGACAAAGAGGACUUUGGCCGCGACUACUCCUACAGGCAGCCGGACCUGUCCUACGACAAGUACAUGGACAGCUGCAUGAAGAGGACCGACCUGCUGCAGGACCAGGCCGGGCUGCAGGGCGACGAUCCCGCCGCAGCGACCAACGAGAGCCUGGCCGGAGCCUCCGCCCUGUCGCCAGGCAACGGCACCGUCAACGCGACGACAGCCCGGCACGCGGCGGGCAGCGCGGACGGGAAUCCCACCCCACCCCCGGAGACCCACGGAGCCCUGCCUGUCCGUCCUGCUGCGAGUGAGAGGGAAGUAGGGGAGCGACAGGAGGAAGAGACGGUGGGCAUCAUGGAGAUCGGGUACCCGGAGCUGAUCGAGCAGCAGAAGGUGCAGAAGUGCGUGGAGCUCUACAUGGAAUACUCUCACCAGUACCUGGAGAGGUUGAGUGGAGCAGCACCUCAGCAGCGCCCCCUCUGCCAGGGAGUGUUACUGCUGCUCGCCACCGCCCUCACGUUCACGAUCAGCAGUGUCCUUCUGCAGUGA